AUGGUCUCUGAAGAUGACCUUAUUGCAGCAUAUGCCACCCCGCCAGAAGACCAGGAGACAGCAAAGUCGCAAACUUCCACCCCAGCAGAAAAUCAAGAGGUUGAAACCGCCACCCCGCCAGAAGACCAGGAGACAGCAGACACAGAUGUUCCUGAUGCACAGCUAAGAACUAUUCAACAUAACAUCCAAGUCCAGCGGAAAAGAGCAGAAGAAUGUCAGCUUGCACAAGCUGAACGCAUGGUCAAGCGCAGUCGUUUGGAGCAUGUCCCUGGUAACCCCGGUGAUAAUGUAACCAUUCCUAUUCCUUUUGUUGAUCGUGGGAAAGGUGACCCUCGCAAUAUCAUGGGUGUCAUUGUGGACAGAGAUGAAAAUGACCUGUAUCGAGUACCUGUUCGGGCAGGGAUCCUUAAGGGACGCUAUUGCAGAAACCAAUUCGAUUUGUGCACCCACCAGUUAAAUAGCAUUGAGGACAUGUCUAGAGACGGUGAGGUUGGCCUACGUCAGGCAGUGCAGAGUGAGUCCAGGUGCGGUGGUCAGGGCUAUGCCAAAUGCAACUGUGCAGCCAGUGGCAAACAAUGUCGGACAAACCGAUGUAAAUGUUUCAAGUCAGGUGUGAAGUGCAACAGCAGGUGCCACUCCAGUAUUACAUGUGCCAACAAGAACUGA